AUGUGUAAAACAAAUCGUAAACCAAAAAUAAUUGUUUUUGAUCUAGAUUAUACUUUAUGGCCAUUUUGGGUUGAUACUCAUGUAUCUCCUCCUUUUAAAAAGAAAGGAAAUACUGUGAUAGACUCCCAUAAUAAAAUUAUAAAAUAUUACAAAGAAGUACCUGAUGUUUUAAAAUGUUUAUAUGAAGAAGGAUAUGAACUUGGUGUUGCAUCUCGUACCUCAGAGAUAAGCGGUGCAAAUCAAUUAUUAAAUUUAUUUAAUUGGGAUAAAUAUUUUAAAUAUAAAGAAAUUUAUCCUGGAAUUAAAGUAACUCAUUUUUCUAAAAUUCAAAAAGCAUCAGGUAUUGAUUAUAAAGAUAUGAUGUUUUUUGACGAUGAACACAGAAAUAUUAUUGAUGUAGGUAAACUUGGUGUUACUUGUAUAUUUGUUAAAGAAGGUAUAACACGUACUCUUGUAGAAGAUUCCAUUAAAAAUUUUUAA